AUGCUUGAUAGAGCCACCACAAUCACACUGCUCAAGUCAUGCACAGAUCUUUCCACUGCAGAUCGCAUCCAUCACUCUCUCCUCUCCGCCCCUUCUCCACCCGACAUCUUCUUGCACAACAAGGCGAUUGAAAUGUACGGAAGGUGCGGCAGCGUUGCAUCCGCACGCCACGUGUUUGACGCGAUCGGGCACCGCCGGGACUGCUUCUCGUGGGUGCUGAUGCUCUCGGCAUAUGCCCACAACGGGUAUAUUCACAAUGCCAGGAGAAUAUUCGACGCCAUGCCCGGCAAGAACCUGGUUGCCUGGACGUCAAUGCUCAGCGCGUAUGCCACGCACGGUGGAAACGAAGAAACGAAAGCCAUCUUCGACAUGAUGCCUCUAAGGGAUCUGGUUGCCUGGACUGCAAUGGUAACUGCAUAUGCCCAGAACGGGCAUUGGAGGCGUGCUAUUGAUCUCUGGGACGAAAUGCCAGAAUUCAAUCUCUUGGCUGGAACUGCAGUUCUGGUUGCUUCGGCGGAUAUUGGCGACAUCGCAAGCGCGAGACGAGUUUUUGAGCAGCUCCAGGAGAGAGAUUUCGUCGCUCUUACCGCAAUGGUGGUGGCAUUAUCCAGAACAGGGAAUCUUGACGAGGCCGAGCGAAUGUUCCACUCUAUGCCGCACAGGAGUGCGGUAUCGUGGACGGCAAUGGUGGGAAUCUACGCGAUGUAUGGCAAAAUAGAGCAAGCAAAGGUGAUGUUCGAUAGCAUGCCGCAAAAGGAUGUUGUUAGCUGGAACGCGCUCCUGUGCGCAUAUGCCCAAAACGGGCAUUUGGAAGAAGCAGUGAAUUUAGUCAACCUUAUGCCGGAGCUCAAUCUCGCGUCCUGGAACGCAAUCCUGUCGGCCCUAGCACAGCAAAGGCUGUUCCAUCAAGCACUGUCUCUCUUCCACUCAAUGCCCCACCGGGAUCUCAUGUCCUGGACAAUAAUCUUGUAUGUGUUUGCUCAGGGGAAAAACCUGUCGCGAGCAAAGUCCUUUUUCGAGACCAUGCCGUUGACCGGCACAGUCUCCUGGGGCACGCUUCUCGCCGCCUACGCCAACAACGGUCAAUGGCGGUCGGCGUUCGAGUUGUUUGACUUGAUGAGGAGCGUUGACUCCCCAGACGAGUGCUGCAUUGUCGGGGUCCUGAUUGCGUGCAAUCAUGCCGGUCAGCUCCACACCGCGCGGUCCUGCCUCCUGUCGAUGGCCGCUGACUUUGGCAUGUCCCCCACGAAGCAGCACUACUGCUACAUGGUCGACAUGCUGGCGAGGAUGGGCUACUUGAGCCAAGCAAAGGAGCUCAUCACCACCAUGCCCUUUUUUCCCGAUUCCUUGGAGUGGAACUGCUUGCUUGGAGCUUGCAAGCACCACGAAAAUGUAGAGGAUCUCGGCAGUGGAAAGGAUGCCGCGAGCUCUGUGAUUCGCGAUCCAAAGCGGGAAGAUCACGGGGCUGGUUAUGCUUGUGUUCUUCUGGCCAACUUGCUCAAAUCUAAACAUUAG